GGCGGGAGCGCGAGGCGGCGGCGGACGGGCGGGCGGAAAGAUAGCAGCUUGCAAUGGCAUCGACAGAGAAUGAUCAAGAAAUGGAUGAACAGGCAGAGCAGCCAGAACAGGAAGUACAGGCAGAGGAGGAACAAGCGGAGGUGAUACAACCGGAGGAACAGACGGAGCAGUCAGAACCAGAGGAACAGAUGGAACAAUCAGACCAGGAGGAGGAGCCAGAAGUAUCAGACAAGUUGGAGAUAGCAAAGCUCCUGGCGAUGGUGGAAAACGCAGCAGUGGCCGAGCAGUCAGACUUGGUGAAGGUCUCAGAGGAGGAAAAGUUCUCAGAGCAGGAGAAGUUCUCAGAGCAGGAGAAGUUCUCAGAGCAGGAGAAGUUCUCAGAGCAGGAGAAGUUCAUAGAGACCUGGGUCCCUCCAGAAGAGCCAGCCAAGCCUUUGCCAAAGGCCAGUCCAGGAGCCAUCAACUUCCUGGCCUCCAUCAAGAUCGAUAAUUUCAACUUACUGCUGUUCCCGGAUUCCCUGGUGACUGUCACGGACGCGGGGAAGGAGGUGGGUGAGUUUAAAGUCACCCUGAAGCAAGCCCUGUUCAGAGGAGAACGUGGUUUCUACAUCCAGGCUAGCAGCCAUGGAACCAUUGAUGGGGUUCCUUGUGGCACCUCCAUCACAGGUUAUGUCACCAGGCAACUUGAAACCCUGAGGCAGCAGAACCACGAGUAUAUUAAGGUAAAGGAUUUCCCUCUGGAUAAGAAGAUCAUCUUCGAAAAGCAAGGCAGCAUGUUUGUGGUGCAGAGAACUGUAACUGAAGGGGAGGAGGUGAAGAACACACAGCGGGUGUAUAAGUGGGAGGACAUGGAGGGGCUAAUCUCGGAGGCUGCUAACCUGCUGCUGCUCCGGCUGCUAAACAAGUACGGCAUCAUCCCCGACAACAUGCGCUUCCUGGCCCUCGACACUGAGCUCCAGCUCAGUACCUGCACCUAUACUAACCUAGGCACCAAAAUGAUGAGGAUUGGGAGUGACAGGGUGGAGGUCUUUGGGAUUCAGCGGACAAUUCACUCGGAAGAUGAUCUUCCCUUGUGCUGGCAAUCCUACUUCCUGGUAGACGGGCACCUGGCGAGCCGUAUUCAGGUGGGCUCCCCUGUGGUCAUGCUGCUGCUGCAGAACAUCACUACAGUCAGGAAAGAGGAGCAGGAGCUGAAACCCACCUUUAAAAAGAAGCCACUCAAUCUGGAGGAGGACAUGCAGCUGUAUUCCCGGUUCCUCGACAAAACGGAGGAGUUGAAGGCUGACCACAGCUCCUAUAUCAGGCACCACCCAGAGCUGAGGGCCCUGAUUGCUGACUUCCUGCAGUUCCUGCUCCUCAGGAAGCCCGAGGACGUGGUGACCUUUGCGGCCGAGUACUUCACGUCUUUCUCCUCCAAGGGCGUCGAGGAGAACGUCUACCUCAGCUCCCAGAAGUCCAGUCCCUUCAGGAAAAAGAUAGUGAUCUCGAAUGAACUCUUGCUGCCCCAGUCCUGAGGUUCAGCACACGACAUCAGGUACAGAGAUCUCAAGAAAUGGCUGAAGAUGGUCCAAAGGUAUUGACUGCCGCUCCCUCUCCAUUAACAUCCAGACACCAAUAACUCUGUCUUACUGGCUCUGAGUCCCCAAGAUCAAUGAAUCUCCUUUGCUUUUCCACCUGAAGCCCCUUGUCCCUUACUAAUCUCCUUCUUCCCAUCACUCUGCUCCCAGCACCUUACUAAUCUCUUACCCCACCCAGUUACUCACUCCUUGUCUCUGCUCGGGAGCCUGUGUUCAAAUGUUAAAUGUACAAAAUUUACAAUAGCCCAAAGGGGUUUUCAUUUACUAUCAUUAAAGUUGAAAUAAAAUGAA